AUGCUCAGAGCAUGGAGGAAUGCAUCUAUCCAACAGCGCAGAAUCGCCCUAGCCGCCACAGCAAUAGCCCUCCCGCCAUCGCUCAUCUACAUACACAGCCGCGCUCUACAUCUCGAAGCCGACCUUCAAACACCCCCUACAAAGCUCAACAUUGACCAUGGAGGCAAUCAAUCACCGCCAAAAGAACAAGCGACAAAGCAAUUAGUCAGUUUACUCGAUAUCGACUGGCCAUUCGCAAAACUAGCAGAUCUCUCCUCGGGCGUCUUCUCGGGAUUGGGUCUGCCCCGCUAUGCGCUACUCAUACCGGAGGUUGGACAAAAAGUGGUGGCGGCAUUUUCGUUUGACGAGGGUUCACUAGGCAAGGAGGUGAUAGAAGAGGCGCAUGACUUGAAGCGCAACCCGGAGAUGGCGCUGACGGCAGAGGUACGUAUUGGUGAUGGCUUGUGUGAUGAGGAACUUGCCUUUCUAAAGAAGCGACGGCAAUUCACAAGAAAGGCACUCGCCAAGUACAUUCAUGUACCUGAAUCAGAAAUUGACGAGCGCGAUAUACCGGUGAUUGGCGUUGCUGGUUCCGGAGGUGGUCUGCGAGCAUGUCUUGCCACGACCUGUAUCUACGAAGUCCUACAGGAGGAAGGCCUUUUGGGCGCAACGACCUAUCUCGCAGGUAUUUCAGGGUCCACUUGGGCGCAGGCAUUGUUCAUGACUCUUGGCAACCAAGAUCCAACACGCGUCUUGGCGCAUCUCAAACGACGCAUCACAACACAUAUCGCCAGUCCCGUUGCAAAUCUCGAACUACUCAAUGACAAUGCUUUGGAAAAGUAUCUCUUGCGUGGCGUCCUUGAGCGCUGGUAUCAGGGCUACAAGGAUAUUGGUCUGGUGGAUUUGUAUGGGUUGAUGCUGACUGGUCGUUUCUUGCUACCCAACAAUGAGCUUGUGGUCAAUGACGAUCAUCUCAAAAUCUCAUCCCAACGGAAAGUCGUUGAGACGGGUGCAGUCCCGUUGCCCAUUUCAAGCAUGGUUCAUCAUGAAGUACCGGUCGGCCAGCCUCAAAAGGUCAAGGAGAGAGCUGUUUCACAGGGUCAGAAGGAUAUCGAGCCGGAGGGCAAGUCCUACUUUCAAUUUUUUGAAGUCACACCCUUCGAGUUUGGCAGUGAAGAGCUAUCCAGCUGGAUUCCCACUUGGUCACUUGGUCGCAAGUUUGACAAAGGAAAGGACGUCAACAAGGUGCCAGAACUGAAACUCACAACACUCCUCGGCACGUUUUCUUCUGCAUUCUGUGCAAGCCUCUCACACUACCUGGCGGAAGUCCAACCACUUCUCCCAAAAGUCGGCAUCUUCAAGCUCAUCAAUGAACAGAUCCUCUCACACGAUGAAGACUUCAAGUCGAUCCAUCUGGUAGAUGCCAGCAAAGUACCCAACUACGUCAAGGGUAUGCGGGAUCAACUCCCAGAUACAGUUCCCGGACACUUCAAUCAAGAUGCAGACUUGACGCUCUGCGACGCUGGGAUGUCCAACAAUCUGCCAUUCUACCCGUUGUUGCGACGUGAUGUGGAUAUCUUGAUUGCUAUUGAUUCAAGUGCCGAUAUCGAGGCGAAUCCAUGGUUCAGCCGUGUCGAGGGUUAUGCAAAGUUGCGUGGUGUCAAGGGAUGGCCUGUGGGCGCUGGUUGGCCCAAAGCCGGUGAUGAUGCUGAAGCACAAUUAGCGGAAGCAACGGCGAGUUCAACAGAAGAAGCCAAAGCCAAGAUGAGUGCUGCACAGAAGAGGAAGAAGUUUGCACUGAGCCCCGUCAAUAUCUGGGUUGGUCAAGCGACUAAAUCAGAAGAUCCGAGCAGUACGGACACGAAUGAAUAUACGGCAAAACAGGUUGAGGAGAAUGCCGAGAGUGUCACUGAUUCUACGGGUCUCAUGCUGAUUUACCUCCCAUUGCUUCCGAAUGAUGAGGUUGCCGGCAUUGAUCCUGCAACGAGUGACUUCUGCUCGACCUGGAACUUUGAGUGGCAGCCAGAGCAGGUGGAUUUGCUCAGGGACAUGACACGAGCCAAUUUUGCAACAGGCAAGGAACGCAUACGGCGUGCAGUGAAGGCGAUGUGGGAGCGGAAACGGAAGCAACGGCUGAGUGGAGAGAAGAUUAUGGGAGAACAACGGUCGACGCCUUGA